AUGCAUAAUUGCAAGCGUAGAACUCACCCAAAGUCCAACACACGCGAUAACGAAGAACAGCGUGCGAUACAUCCUACACUCGCAUACCUCAAGUGGCAUUUAUUGCUGCUCAAACUGUAUGGCAUAAUACCGUUCUACACCAUUCUCAGCCUGUAUGAGAUCGGUCCGCCUACACGCCGUGUCACGCGGAUUACGCGGCUCAUGCUGCUUGCUAAGGCCGUAAUGAAUAUUGUGCAUGUCUACAUCUAUCUCUCCUCAACAAUUUUGAAAAUACUCUUUCUCAGAAGUCAGACGGAUGGCAUAACCAAUAUGUUAGAUGUGACCUUCUGCAUGAUCUGUGAUAUUACAAUAACAUGGACAUGUGUUUGCAAUACAACAAUAAUUAUGGAGAUAAUUAAUCGAUUUUUGAAAGUCGAUCGUCUGCUGAAACAGUACGCGGAUUCACCGGCAGAGCGGCCGACGAGCACAAAUAUAUUCAACCGUUAUUUAUUCUUCAUAUACGCUUAUAUAUUCUCCCUGAUAAUAUCGUAUUUGAAGCGGACUUAUGAUUUGGUCUCAUUGUACUUUUGGAUCUACAUACUAUUCUACCAGUUGGAGAACGCGAUCUCCUGUGCUUUUGUGGUCUUCAUUUCAGCGCUUAUGCAUUUGCUAGCCGAACGUUUUCGAUAUAUCAAUCAACUGAUUGCGCAAUAUAACCGAAGGGAAAUUGUGCGAAGCAGCGAGUAUUACACACACGACAGGUUAAUGCCUGCUUCGGACUUUGAUGGCAAAACGACAAAUCGCAAUGAGGCGACUUUGCAGCUAUUCGCGACGAAUUCGGCCAUCAUUUAUGGCUUGUAUGUCGACUUAUUGGAUAUAUUGAAAAUGAUAAACAACUACGCCGGCUUAGGUCUUUUGGCAUAUUUGCUCUAUGCCUGUUACGGCUUGCUGUCCUGUGCAUAUAACAGUUUAUUGUUCAAUUGGUCACCGGGUGAGGAUUUGUAUUAUAUGGUUUGGAACUUCUCGUGGCUGCCUCUUUAUGCGAGUAUAUUGACAAUAUUGGCAAAUAACUGUGCGAAGGCGACAGAAGAGGCUAACAAAACACCAUUAAUACUCGCACGCGUUUAUGGCAAGGGAAAGAAAUACCAAACUAUUAUCGAUAAAUUUUUAACAAAGAGUCUCAAACAAACCGUACAUUUUACAGCUUAUCACUUUUUCCCUAUCAAUAGAGCAACACUUUUUCAGAUCUUUUCAGCUGUAACCACAUAUCUAGUAAUUUUAAUGCAAUUCAAAGAGCUGGAAAAGUCUAAAGAUAAAUGGAAUGCAGAAGCGUCGAAAUACAAUUACGAAUGA